AUGACGGAACGUCCAGCUAAACGUCGCCGUGUUGAACUCUCGCUCGAUGAUAAACUCAAAAUAAUUAAAAGUUUCGAAAGUGUACCUAAACCAACGUUAAGAUCUUUGAGUGAAAAGUUUAGUAUUGGCAAAUCAACAGUUGGAGAUAUCAUCAAAAAACGAGAGGUUUAUAAGGCAGAGUUUGAAAAGAAUAUUAGCGGGAAUAAACGGCGGUUUAACAACGCAUGUAAAUUUGAUAAGCUCAAUGAACUGAUAUGGCAGUGGUUCUGUCAAGCUCGCGCUAAAAACAUCCCGAUUUCUGGUCCCAUCAUCCACGAGAAGGCCAGUGAAUUUGCCAAGGAACUUGCAGUUGCAGAUUUCAAGGGCUCGAAUGGCUGGCUGGACAGCGUGGUGUUUGGCCCGGAGAGGUUGGAAUAUGACGUCCUGGCUAAGAGUCCAUUGGUCCGACGAAAGCCGAUUCCUGUUCCAUAUCACAGAUGGCCGAUUGAGAGUUUGGAGGCAUAA